CCCUUGGUGUUGCUCUCACAGGACUUUGACCGGCUGCUGGAGGCGAUGAAGAGUGCCCUGGCUGAGGACUCACAGACAGCCUUUGUGUUCAACUGUGCCAGUGGCCGGGGCAGGACCACUACAGCCAUGGUCAUUGCUGUCCUGACGCUCUGGCACUUCAAUGGCAUCCCUGAGAUGAGUGAGGAGGAGAUUGUGAGUGUGCCUGAUGCCAAAUACACUAAAGGGGAGUUUGAGGUAGUGAUGAAGGUGGUCCAACUCCUGCCUGACGGUCACCGGAUGAAGAAGGAGGUGGAUAUGGCUCUGGACACGGUCAGCGAGACCAUGACGCCCAUGCAUUACCACCUCCGAGAAAUCAUCAUCUGCACCUACCGGCAGGUGAGCAAUGCCCUUUUCUGCCAUACAGCUGAACCACCAGGACCCAAAUAGGGCAGCCACAUCAUG